AUGGAGAAUUUCAAAAUAAAACAAGCGGAAUCUAAGCCAUUAGAGGAUAAGCCCGACGUGAUUGGCAACACAAAAAUAUUAUCAUGUCUGGCCGACAGCAACCCACCAGCCACUUACGACUGGAUCAAAAAUGAUAAUCUCAUUGUCAACUCAUCUCUCAACUCGUACUUAAAAAUUUCCAACAUUGGUCUGAAAGAUAUUGGGGUGUACCAGUGCAUUGCAAGGAACAAGCUGGGAUCACUCCAGAGCAUGAAAGUUAAUGUUAAUGUGGCAUACAUGGAGAAUUUUCCUGGACCUGCUAUGAACAUAAUCUCAGGAGCAGUGGGAGAGGAUGUUGUUUUGUAUCUUCCUUCCCUAUCUAGUUACCCACCAGCGAUCGUCGAAUGGAAAGAUGUUAACAACAGCAACACGUUGAUCAGCAGCUCUCAACAGUUUCAUGUUUCUCUUAAGAAGGACCUCAUCAUUUUGACUUUGAAACCUUCAGAUAAUAACAGGUUGUUCAGAGCUGAGGCAUCCAACAUUUUGUCACCUCUGACUACAACUAGCUCACUGUUUGUUUUGAGAGUUCAAAGUUCACCUACAUCUGCAAUCGAUCAGAAGUUUUUGAUUUCACUUUCUGAUGUAAAUGCCACCGUUGGAGAUGAUCAAAUUAGUUUUGAGUGCCUACCUAGCUCCAGAGGGCAGCUGGUUAGAACUAUCAACUGGUAUAAAAUGUCAUCUGAAAAGAAGGUGCAAUUAGAAAAUAAUGCCUCAAAGUACUUGCUCUCAAGUCUUCGUAGAGUGCUGACCAUCCUGAAGCCUGCAUUGGAAGAUGCUGGUACAUACCAGUGUGAGGCUAUCCCGUCAUCAACGUCUUCAUCGUCAUCAUCGUCGUCGUCGUCAUCAUCAUUAGUUGCAUCUUCUGCUCAGCUCAAUGUGUUCUGUAAGAAAUUUGGUUUAUUUGUUGUCAAGCCAACAGUAGCUGAGAGUUCAAGGAAGAUGGAAGUUGAAUUAGGGAGUGAUGUGCAUGUGUCGUGUGCAUUGCAAUGCAUUCCUGCUUGUAAAACAUUUUGGUACAAGAAUUCACUGAGUCUGGUUCUUGAUGAGCGUAUAUCGAUACUGUACAACGGAACCUUAUCAUUGCAUUCCAUGCAUCAAAGUGACUCAGCUGUUUACCAAUGUUUUGCUUCAAAUCCCGCCGGUGUCGUCACCACUGCAGCGUGGAUUGUCGUCAACAGUUCUCCACCUCAGAUCAUCAGUGCUCCCACAAACACCACAGCAGUAGUUGGGACAGAUGUGACCCUGAUGUGUGAGACAUCUGGAGCACCAACACCCUCCAUCACUUGGUCUAAAAGCUCCCAGCUAACAAAACUGAAUGAUGAUCCUAGGAAGUUUCAGACAACUGCUGAGGGAUUGAUAAUCAAACGUGUAUCUAAAGACGAUGAGGAUUUGUACACGUGCAACGCCUCCAAUGCUCUGGCAUUUGAUUACAAAUCCGCUUAUCUCACUGUUAAAUUUGCAACGGUGAUAACGUCAGCGCGUCACCAGAACUAUUCUGUUGUGAAAGGUGGUCGAGCCACAUUGGAAUGUUCGACGUCACAUGAUGAAGAUGUUGCCGUGUCGUCGGUGUGGUCAUUUGUUAAGAACAACGUUAACAUUGUUCUCGCGUACAACGACAGAUAUCAUCUCGUAGCAAACACCGGCUCCCUACUCAUAUCUUCUGUUCGCAACUCUGACAUCGGCAUGUACAGAUGUGACGUUGCCUCACUGGCUGGGAAUGAUUCACUGGAUGCCUUCCUGAGUGUGAUAGAACUACCUCAAGCUCCAUCCACUGUGGAUAUAUUGUUGAACUCGUCGACCAAUCGAUCUAUCAUUGUUCGUUGGUCACCCGGAUAUGAUGGUAACACACCUCUCUUGGGUUACGUCGUCAGGAUCUUCAACAGUUCCACAGUGAACCCUACGAAGUGUGGUCCGAUGUGGAUCACGAUAAGCAACAGCACCUCACCGUUUUCAUCAUCGUUCGUCAUCAGCACCAACUUGGUGCCGUCUCAGACGUACGUCGUCUGCAUCAGUGCAUUCAACUCUGUCGGUGAAGGGGAGGGAACUGUUUCUACUUCAUCUGUCACGCUCCCUCAACAACCGCCAAGCGGUGCUCCUCAAGGCCUAUGGGGCAGUGCACGUUCAAACAGUUCAAUAGUUCUGCAGUGGUCAGCGCCUGAUUCAAGCACUUAUAAUGGCCUACCUCUCGGAUAUACGUUGCGUUAUAAGUUGUUUGGCUACCCUGAUUUGACCUCAACUAAACUGGACAUCAGUCCAUUCAUGCAGAGGGUGACGUACGACGUUGUCAACCUCAUCACAUGGCAGGAUUAUGAGUUUUCUGUUGCUUUGUAUAAUUCUGCUGGUGAUGGAGUCUUCUCAGAAAGUGUCAAGGUGAAGACUGAUGAAGGGGUUCCAAUUGAAGCUCCAACUACCCUCAGUGCUAAUGUUUUGUCGUCAGAGGGGGUGAUGGUCAGCUGGAUGCCUCCUCCACCGCAGUCCAUCAAUGGAAUCAACAUGGGAUACAAAAUUUUCUUCAUUGAACCUCCGCUGAAUUCAACAGCUUCACCGGGUCCAUUGAACGAGGGUAGGAACACGACGAGGUCUCUUGUGUUUAGGAUUGCAUCAGAUUCCAACAACAUGCUAGGUCUGCAGAGGUACAACGUAUCCAGUGGAUUGAAAAAGUAUCAGCUGUAUUUUAUUUCCAUAUGCUGUUUCACAUCUAAAGGGGAUGGUCCUCUUUCUCCCUAUCUCACUGUCAAAACGUUUGAAGAUGUACCAGGGCCUGUUGAGGAUGUCAAGUUUAUGGAUGUGAAAGACACAUCCCUGGUUCUAUCCUGGAUACCCCCUCAUUUCACAAAUGGUAUACUCCUAGGCUAUGACAUGCGUUACUGGGCGGAAGCAUCUGAAGGCGUGGCAAACUACAAUGCACUUGUAAAUGAGCUCUCCAUAGCGGCACUUGCUACAAACGUUACAAUCUAUGGACUUCGAUCAAGCACUCGCUACCACUUUGAACUGGCUGCAAGGACGAAAGCUGGCAAGGGUCCAGUUACUGGUGUCAGCAUCCUGUCAGGACUGACACCUGUUUUUCCGUCGCCUCCUACUUCACUCUCCCUCUCUGACGUACAAGAGAGAUCCGUGACGUUGUCUUUCAUUCCUGGUUUUGACGGAUACUCAUCCAUUAUAUGGUGGAUUGUUGAUUGCAGAUACGACAACAUCAACGCGGACUUGCCUGAUGACAUCAACUCUGGUUGGCAGCACUUUGUUGACGUCAGUGCUGAAGAGGAUCAAGUACACAAGGAUCAGAGUGGACAAGUAUCUAUCAAAGUAAGCAAUCUGCGUCCGAACCUGAAGUACCAGAUGAGAGUGUCGAGCAGAAAUGCAGCUGGCGAGAGCAAUGCCAGUCGACCGUCUGCCGCGUUCUUCACUCGACCGGCCGUUCCAACGAACUCUCCAUCACUUACUCUUUCAGCCAUCAAUUCAACCUCUCUAUUUCUUCAAUGGACACCAACAGCAUACGACCAUUGGAAUGGAGAUGGUGCUGUGUACAAACUUCAAUGGAGGGUAAGUAACGACGGAGUUAACAACGUAAACAGAGAUAACAAUGAAAUCAAAUUGUCGCCCCAAUCAUCAUCCCAUCGUCUGGUCCAACUGCACGAGUUCACAUGGUACAAUGUUUCAAUCAGUUCAUGCAAUAGUCUUGGAUGUGCGACGGCCAUGUCUGCUCUCCAGCAAACGCUCGAAUUCGCACCAUCCACAAGUCCUCCAAACAUUGAACUCACUGUAACAAGCUCGUCGUCUGCAAUCAUCAGCUGGUCGUUAAUUGCAGCUGACCACUGCAAUGGAGUUGUGCUCGGAUACAAACUAACCUACUGGCCUGUUGAUGAGAUUAACGUGCAGUCACCUGCAUCAUCAUCGUCAUCAACAGCCAACACUUCUGUCAUCAUACAACCACACAACGUCACUUUCUUUAAUCUAACAUCGUUACGAUACUUCCAAUGUUAUGCAUUCCAAAUCUGCGCCUUCACUCGUAUUGCCUGUGGAGCGUGGAGUGAUGUUGUUACUUUCAAGACCUUUGAGGAUGUUCCUGGUCCUCCAGCUGACGUGUACUUCACACAGAUCUCCAAUACAUCUGCCACUCUGCACUGGGAUGAACCAAGCCCUCCAAACGGAGUCAUCAUCUCCUACAAAGUCACUUAUUCUCUCUACAAUAACUACAACAAUAAUGAUAACAAUCUGAAUAACAAAUAUAUAAACACUAACGAUGAUCUCUUCACACUUUUAAGAAACUUCUCCAUCCAAAUACAAUCCAGACCAUUAGGCUUGAGUCGGAGCAGGCGACAGAUUGGUGCUGCUGCUCAGAAGCUACCACCUCAGCAACAAAAUGCUGAAACAUUUUUCAUAACAGUCCCUCCUGACUCCAGUUCAUUCAACGUUACCAACUUGCGACCGUACACUUCAUACAAAUUUCGAGUUGCAGCAUACAAUGAUGUUGGAACAAGCCCAUACUCUGAUUGGUCAGAUGAGAAAAUGACUCUUCAAGCACCCCCUUCAUCUCCUCCCAUUGAAGUUUCAAUAAAAAUUCUUUCACUAUCAUCUGCCCUGCUGUCUUGGAAGCCUCCUCUAGCACCUGCAUCAAAUGGCGUGUUGCUAGGAUACGAAGUGUUCCAUUCCAUUAGUUCUCAGCAAACUCCAGACACUGAUAACUGGUCCACUGAACUGAUUAAUGACCCUGAUCAGACCAGCUUUGUGUUUGAUCAUUUGAAAAAAUUUACAUCCUAUUAUUUCAAGGUGAGAUGUUACAAUUCUGCUGGCUCCAGUGAUUUCACUCCUGUGUUGACCAAAUUCAUUGAAAUCCGAGUUAAAAACAUGAAGGCUUCUAACAUCACAUCAAAUUCCGUUUUAAUAUCAUGGGAGUAUAGAUUAUAUGCUGAUGAGCUUUACAAUCUUGAAAACACUCUUGGCUUCAAGGUCAUAUAUUCGGCAAAAAAUAUGCAGAAUGUUUCGAUAACUUUGUUUCUCUCGUCAUUAUCACCACAACCGUCAUCUUCGUCUUCGUCAUCCUCAUCAACGUCACAUCCGUACGUGAUGUCUCUAACGAAGUUGGAAGCAUACACAAGAUACACAAUUGACGUACGAUCAUUCAAUGACGCUGGCGAUGGAGCCUCAGCCGACCACCCACUGGCCUUUGUCACUGAUGAAGAUGUGCCAUCCAAUAUAUCCUCUCUUUUGUUGGUGGUUGCUUCACCAUCUUCACUGAACGUCUCUUGGUCGCCUCCCUCCAAACCGAACGGAGAUUUGCUAGGGUACGAACUAUCCUAUUACCAAGAUGCCGAUGUUAAAGGCGUCAAGAAGAGCGCUCAGCUGCAGUUGCCAUCAAACACGAGCAAGUACGUCAUCAACCAGCUCAUAGAGGCCAUGAAUUAUGUUGUGAUCAUGAAGGGCAGAACCAGGGUUGGCUGGGGUGAGGAGGUGCUGAAGAGAAUCAGCAUGUUGCCUUGCUAUGACUGUCCAGGAGCUCCUUCCAAGCCAUCCUGCACUCUGAGUGGCAGUCAGUUGGAAGUGACGUGGCUGAAUGGGGUGGCGGGUCGUGACCCGAUAUUGGGCACUGUGCUGCAGAGCAAGGUCAAAUCAGACAGUGCAUGGCAGACAUCUGGAGAAUCAUACGGCUUGGAAAGUUCCAUGAAAAUCAAUGUGAUGUCAUUGUCGUCAUCGUCGUCCUCUUCCUCCUCACCGAGCAGUGAUGCUGAUGGUGAUAGGAUGGUGAGAGUGUUUCAUUACAACAGGUGGGGUAUGGGGGAACUGAGUGAACCAUCUAAUUUCAUUCAACUGGCUGAAGUGAUGAAACAAUUGGACCGACCGUUCUACCAGCAGUGGUGGUUCCUCCUCAUCAUGGCUUUGGUGGGACUCAUCAUCGUCCUCAUCAUCACCUCUAUUCUCAUCCUCACUGGAAAGAACAGAAAGUUUAAGAAAAAUGGUGAACAAAUUUCUCACUUGUACCUUUUUGAUUAUUUUUUUCAAGUUGAUGAAACGCUGUCGAAUCAGACGCCAGUGAAGCUGACCAGCCACAGUUCGGAGCCGCACGACGAGCCAUUCACCACGUUCGAACUUAACCCAUCUAAACUUUACGACAAACAUAAAUCCACUCCACUAACUAGAAACAACAACAGCAACAACAACGACUUCACCCCGAGUUUGUACAACUACAACAACACUUCCACACAAAAUAUUUUCAAUCAAAACUAUGGGGAGGAAGAUGAUGACGAUGCUGAUGACAAUAUGUUUGGCAGUCAGCAGCAGCAACAACAACCUGGACCACAACAACUUCCAAUCAUUUCCAAUUCUUCGUUGUUUGCCAGCAGAUCAGUUCAGCGUUUAAAACAGCACAAAAACCUCAGAAGUGGCAGCAGUAACAAUGCACGAAACAGCAGUAACAUUAACAACAACACCCCCAUGAGAUUUGAUGAGGAAGAUGAGGACGAUGAUGUCCACAAAUCAAUUAGUAGUAGCAGCCUUUCUGAGAAGGAGUCCGAUAGCAGUGCCACUGCUGCUACUGCUGCUGCUACUGCUGCUGCCAGAUACCACUUGCCGACUACAGAGAACAGAAAUAGAAUAUCAAGCAGGUUACACAAUAUCAACAACAUUAACAACAACAACAACAACAGUAGUCACAACAACAACAUCAACAGUAGUCACAACAACAACAACCACAACAGAUCACCACAAGAUGAUUCCACUCCAAUAUUUAUUAACCACUACGUCAAUGAUGACGUCCAGAGGUCGUGGAAUCGAUCAAACAACAACAGCAACUACAUCAACAACAGCAACAACUACAACAACAGCAACAACUACAACAACAGCAGCUACAACCAUCACAACAAUUCACACAGUCAACUUACUGGCAACAGAUCUUCUUACAGUAAAAAUAAGACUUACAGCAACAACGACAACAAGAGUAGCAACAACAUCUCCUAUACAAAUACCAUGUAUAAUGCCAACAACGUCGACAAUGUUGACGAUAAUUACAACAAUUACAACAGUCUCACGAGUCCGAACAUUGUUGUCAACAAUGUUGCCAGAUCGAGAGCACCAUUGCCUGGUUUUUCAUCUUUUGUCUGA